ACCACAUGCAAUCAUGAUUGUGAAACUUCUGUUUUAUUUUUUUACGUUUUAUAUCUAUUUCGUGGCUACAUCGAGUUUGAGGCAUGCAGAAAAUAUAAAGUUAUUGAGUUCUACUUUAUCAAUACAAAAAGAAUAUAUUCUUGACAUUAAGGACCGAUCUAGGAAAGAGAAAAAACUGUAUUUUACAAAUUAUUUGCGAAAUCUUUUUAAGGAGAUAUCAUUGUACGAUGAAGAUAAAUCACUGUUGACAGACGAUAGAACUUCAGAGGAUGUUGUAACGAGGCUGGCCAGUGUUCACAUUUUAUAUAGAAAUAUUCAUAAACAAAACAAAUAUGUGUUUGAUAUUUCUGGUCUUCCUAGAGAUCUAUUUGUUUCCCACGCCGAGUUAGUGACUCAUUAUGGCACAAAAUCGACGGAAUUACAAGGUAUAUCUGACAAUUAUCUCAUUAGAGAUGUGACAAAAGAUUUUAAAGCUCAUUACACUUCCGGAACAAAAUUAUUUGGAGCUGAUGUUGAUGAUAUUGCUGAAAACUAUACGACUCCACAACUAGUGAUUUUUGAAAACGUAAAUAACACCCUGUUAUCCUCGUUGAGAUCACGUAGAAGACGGGAUAUUAGUUUAGCAUUGCAAAUGUCUAAUAUAAAGGAUAGUAACAUCAACAAAAAACUCUGUUCACUAAUACCAUGGGAGGUAAAUUUCCGAGAUAUUGGCUGGGGUCGUUGGUUAUGGCAUCCAUCUUCUUAUUUAGCGAACGUGUGUUCCGGUAGCUGUGACUAUAAUGAUAAUGCAAUUUUACAUUCUAGUCACGCUUACAUAAAAAAUCUAUUCAUAAAAAAGUUUCGGAAUAAAGUUCCGAAUGAUUUUGACUUGUCUACCAAUUGUUCUCCUUCUUUAUAUGCACCACAAACAAUUAUUUAUCUUAGCAAGCAUAGAACGAUUAUGGUAAAGCAGAUUUCAAGAAUGAAAGUAGCUUCUUGUUCGUGUCUAUAAAUUGGAUUCUGAAUGUGUCUACUCGCUGACCUUUGAUGAGAAACGAAAUCUUUAUUAUAUUAUUCCGCAUGUUAUUUUUUUUUAUA